GGCGACGGCAAGGAAGCGUAAACAACGGAUUGAUUUUUGUCAAUGAAUUACAAUUCUAAGUUCGACACGUUGGAAGCUCGAGAAUGGCCGAGCUACAUAUAAUUGGUCAGAUCGUGGGGGCUAGCGGAUUUCCUCAGAGUACUCUCUUCUGCAAGUGGGGCAUUCACUCAGGUGGGGCGUGGAGGUUGCUGUCUGGGUUGAGAGAGGGGCAGACUCAGGUGGACUCUCCCCAGAAUGGGGAGAUGGCUUUCUGGAGUCACCCCAUAGACGUGCACUACACCACUAAAGGACUGCAAGGCUGGCCCAAGCUGCACCUGCAGGUUUGGCACCAGGACUCGUUUGGGCGCUGCCAGCUCUUCGGCUACGGCUACUGCCAUGUGCCCUCCAGCCCCGGGCACCACCGGCUGCACUGCGUCACCUGGAAGCCCCUGGGCUCCUGGCAGGAGCAGCUGGCCCAGAGCUUUGUGGGCGGAGGGCCCCAGCUACGCUCCCCGGACCUCAUCUACAGCGGGGCAGACCGCUACAGGCUGCACACCGUCGCCAUGGGGACCGUGGAGCUGGAACUGGGCAUCAUACUGCGGCACUUCGACAAAUAUGGAGUGGAGACCUGAGGGGGGGGACGACCUGGGCAGAUGAAGAGGACAUUGCACAAGGGGACAGAAGUGUAGGGGGAAAAAAGAGGAAAAAGGGGUUUAACUGGAUGGAAAACAACAGAGAGGAGCAUUGUGGGUAGAGGAGAACCUGGGUGAAGUUGUGACACUGUGGAGACCUGUGGAGAAGACCUGGUGUGGGUCUCUGGCUAAAACUCACUUUGAUGCUCUACUGGGACUUCUCUUACCCAGUGACUGUGCCAUUAUCCAUCAGUCAGCUUGCAGGCACACAAAGAAAUACCCCUCCAAUGAGGUGGACAGGAAAAUGCUCUUCACAAGCAUGCCCUUCAAUUUGUCACCACAAGGGGGCAGAGUAAGCCUUCAUGAUAAUAUUCACAACACACU